AUGACCCGAGCACAACGGAUUUAGAUGGAAAGUACCGAGGGACUUUUUGGUUUAUGCCUGGAGGAAAACCAGAAAAAGAUGAAACCUUGGAACAAGCCGCCGUUCGUGAAAUCUUUGAAGAGACAGGCCUGAGAGACGAUCAAAUUCAUUUUGGGCCUUUUGUGUGGAAAGAGUCAUUCACUUUUAUUUUGCAAGGAGUUCCAACCUUAUUGCAUCAAAAGUUUUUGGUGGCUCAUACUUCAGAAACAAAGACGACUUUUGAUCAUUUAAUGCCGGAGGAAAGAGAAGUUCUGAAGGAGCAAAAGUGGUUUUCAGUUGAAGAUAUUCAACUCUGCCCUGAGACGAUCUAUCCAAAUAACUUAGCAGAACACCUUCCUAGAAUUUUACAGAGGCAUUAUCCUGACGCUCUGAUCUAUAUCUCUGAAGAAAAAGCUUAA